AAUGGGAAAAGGCGAAGGGCAUCGGACCCGAGGCGUCAACAUUCGCACUUCUGGAUCCAGGUUACAGGCCGAACGGUGGGUCUGACAAUGGAGAUGGCGGUCUGCUGUCGCGCUCCAAGUCUGCAAGCAGUGUUACCAACCUCGGGGCCGGAGUGACUAACGUUGGGACAUCGAGUUUGUCUCUCAACGACGUCGAAGCAUUGGAACAGGCUGAAGUGGCAACAAUGGAAGAGUCACGCGCGGCGUCUGAGCCACAUCUGCGGACGAUAGACGGCCCGGAAGACGAUGAACCAGCGGCCGUCAUUGUCGAUGUAGAAGACGUCAUUGAGGAAACAGCAGCUCCUCUGCCUGUCACUCCGGUGGUCUACAGCCAGACACCGGUUUACUGCUACGCUCCCGAAGAAGUUACAAGGCUUAUCGAUUCUAGUGGCAGUGACAGUGAACGCGACAGUUCACAGCUGGUGCACCGGAAUGACUCGGUUCGAACUGAAUCAAGUUACAAGUUACUUGAGGAGAACAUGAGCCUACUCAACAAGCUGAAACUCAAGGAGGACAUCUGCAGAAAAUUAGGAAACGAGAUUGAAACCUUGGAAGAAAAGAUUGACGACGUUGCGAAGACUCAUAAACGGGAAUUACAAAGGCUGAUACAUGAGGAAACUGAUCUGCAUAUCCACCAAAGUGAAGGAGAACAAGUGGCAGCUAAGGAGGUGGGAGGCCCUCAGGAGGAACUGGUGGCAGAGUUGAGGGCCCGAAUACGGGAGCUAGAGCAGCGCCAGGAGUGGCUCCUGCGAGAAGGGGAAACACUACAGGACUCCUUCGCUCAUCAUUCAGAGCAACAGGCAGCGUUGGCCCAGAACUUGGUGGGUAAGAUGAAACAACUUCAGGAGGCCAACAUAAAUAUGGCGUCUUGUGAUGAAAGCGAAGCAAUUCACCUCAGCCCUAGUACUUACAUAGGCCAACAAGUGGAUGCUAUGAACCUGGUCCAAGAUCUUACAACUCAGCUUUUGAACCUGGCUGAAAAACUGGAAGUGGCUAUUGCUCAAAGAAGCAACGAAGUUCACAACCUGCGCCUGGAGUUGCAGGAUCGUCGACACGUGCGGCACAAACUCCGGUCGGGACAUCAUUGGUUCUCCGGGGAGGGCAUGUCCGUCUCCAUGGGGUCACUGGCGGAACCGGAAGUUGGCUUAGAGGGCGAAGGGACGUACGCCAUAUUGCCCCGACAGAGUUCCGAAGAACUUACGCAGCUACCGUCUCUCCUUACCAACAAGGUGCUGGAACUCAAGGAGGGGCUGAACUACCUACGCGCAGCUUCGGGAGUAUCAGCACCCAAUCAACAAAUAAGCAGAUACCCUGCAUGGGAACAAGAAGCAGAUGGUUCAGAAGCCACCGCAACAUUUGUGUUCAAGUGUUAUAAUAAAACUGACCAAAAUGCAGAUACCGGACAAGAUACCAGAUGUGAUUCGCCUGCUGUAGAGCAAAUAGAUUCUGAAGGCAACACUUCACCAAUAACGUGCGUUACAAUAACCCCUGCAUUCCGGAAGAAGAAAAAUGGUGUCUUAGAUGGUCAGACAAAAGACAGUACAAAGGAAGAUGAAAAAUGGCUGAAUGUCGACACCAAAUCAACUGUUAAUAUCAACACAGGCGAUGGGUCACUUGGGGAGGAAAUCUCUACUGUCAACAGAGAGAAUUAUUGUUUCGCUGUCUCUUCAGCUUCUACCACAUCUUCAGUGUGUGAUGACGAGGAAGGUGAGGAUGUUCACGCCAAUGAUGUAGACGCUCAGAAAGUUCAAGCAGUCACAGCAAUGUCAGCAAGUGAGGAAAAUGCUAACAGGAAAAGUGGUGUAAGCGAUGAAAGUGAGAACGAAAGUAGUGAUGACGAGGCUAAAGAAGAUGACUACGAGGAGGAGGACACAAAGACGAUAAUAAAAUGUGAAAGUGAUGUGUCGAUACACAAGAACAGCAUUUACAGUGGACUGGAUGAUAAUGAGAAUCAUAAUUACAAGGGUUUGCUUGAAGAUUCUUUCCGUGGGUACUAUGAAACUGAAGUGUACACAGCCAAGGGUGCUUCCAGCAAUGCUGGAAGACAAAGGAAGAUACUUAAAACAAGGCGAAUAUCAGACACACAUAUUGGGUACAAGCGAGACGUUGAUACUAAAUUCAUUCCUCAAGAGACGUUUCAAUUUGGAUGCGAAGAUUCAAAUUAUAAUGUAGAAAAUGGAAAAAGUGUAACAAAUAGUACGACAGAAACAUGUCAAACCGUUUCGGCUUCUUCUGCGGAGAUUUCAUGUCAGAAGGACCGAAAAAAAGAUUCUGCAAAUCAAGAGCAUGAGAGUGAACAUAGAGAAUGUAAGUCUGGAGUUACUGAUGCUUACAUCACGGAAAAUACUUUCCAUGGAAACAGAGACGUUUACUCUACAGGUAGAGAUGAGACAUUAGCCUCUGCUGAGAACGGAGCCUAUAGAACUAAUUAUUAUUCGCAGAAUGUGGCAGAAACUUUCUCCACGCCAACUCCUGACAAUGUUUUCGUAAAAACUACACGCAAAAUAUUCUCUCCCGUUCGACGAGACAGUAGAGGGAAAGCUUCUUCUGUCAUAAGUUAUAUUGUCGGGGAAACAUGUGGAGUGGACGCAUCACAAAGUCUUCAAGAUGGCGAGCGGUGUGUGCCAGUAACAUCUCCGGUCAUCAGCGUUCUCAGAAGACAGCAGAGUGGCAAUACUUCUAGUGAGAUGAAUUCUGUCAUCGACAGCAAGGGAAAGACGGGGAGAAACGGGUCACCGCCAUCUUGGAUGUUCACACGAAAUAGAUCACAGUCAUCUUCACCGUCUUUAAUGAGAAGAUCUGUGGACAAGUGUUUCAGUGAAGUAAUCAGUAUUUCAGAUCAAAAUUCAGCAGUAAAGUCGCAAAAUACACUGUUAGAUAAAAAUUUUCAAGGUGAAUUAAAUGUAGCCACAACAGCGAACAGAAAUUGUGAAUCGGACAGGAAUAAAGAAAUUGAAUUCAAAUCAAAAUCCGAGCAAUAUAACUUCACAAAUAAAGACUGUGAAGAUGAAAUUAUAAAGCCAGAGAAGCAGACGAAUAUAAAAAGUGAGGCUGAUUCAAGAAGGGAGAUUUUGGCGGAAAAGAACAAAACUGACAAGUGCGAUAAUUCAGUGGCUUCUUCCCGUUCAGCUAUUACGUCGUCAGGUUUCCCUCCCUUGCCACAAUCUCCGAUACCAGGUAGACGCGAUCACUUUAGGUUGGCGACCAAGGAAACUGCGCCUAGCAUUCGUAUGAUGAUAGCGAAAUAUAACCAGAAACUUACAGAACAACAGGAAGGCGCUGGUGGCAGGUCUCCUGAAGUCAGUGGCAGCGGGUCGGCGUCACCAGUGGCGUGGAGGUCACCGGUCGCGGAACGCCGUGUUCGGGCACAGAUGGAAAAAUACCAAGAAGAAGUACAGCGUGUAUUACAGAAAGGUGGCAGGAAGAUAGCGGCACGUCUCGGGGGGAACAAAGUUCAGAAAUCAGCCAGCGAUGGGAUCAUCAGAUCACAAGAAACUCCGUUGAUUUUGAAGUCCGAAGCUGAACCAAACAAAGACUCUGUAACUAGUAAAGCAAAUUCAUUACCAAACAGUAGGCCUAUACUGAAAUCUACUAGUGCGGGUUCUAUCAAAGCGAUGUCUCUUCUUCCGGUAAAUGUGAGUGAAAACAAAACUGCCGAGAAUGUAGAAACUGUCAGGGCUGCAGCUAAACCACCCGCGCCACGAGUGAAUAUUUCACCAAGUCCAUCUAGUCCGUCCUCGCCAGAGCUUGGACUGCAUCACAGCAGUCCACCUCCAUCACGCCUGCGCGCUCUAAGGUUACAAAGGGCAAAGGAAGAAUUCCUCACCCGGGGACCAGGAGGUCGUAGUUGGACAAGCGACGGAGGAACACCAUCAACUGACACGCUCAGCGCCUCUGUGUCGCCAGAACCAUUCUGGGAACAAGAAGCCAGUGGUGGAAAUCUAAAGGACGUAAUCAGACCAGGACUUCGAAUGAGAAAAACUGAUAGCGAAAUUCGUAGUCGGUUAAGUCAAAUCAGUGUGGAAAGUGAAUCCAGCUACGACGGCUCCGUUGUUCUAGCUGGAGGAUCGGGGAUGGACAGUGGUACCGUUAGUGAUGAAGGCAUGAUACUGGUUAAGUCAGCGAGCGCAGGUAUGAUUAAUGUUGAUCCGAACACUUACAGAAAAUUUCACGAAGAGAGAGGAACAGUUGAUCAAUACCCAAACACGUCCGACAGCCAAGAUGUUAAAACAAAGUCACAAGCCUGUGGCAGGUUCGGAAUUUCGAGCAUUACUUCUCGGUUUAGGAAAGUAAAGAUGAGAAGAAGCAAAGGGAGGGAAGGGGGGAAGAUGAACACCGUAUCUAUGCUGUGCCGACAAAGUCUUGUGGUGGAUCUUAAUCUGAGCAAGUGUGGGUCCACAGAGGUGCCAGGACCGUCCACAAGCAUGAGCUGCCCGUCCUCUCCGGUGCUACAGCGACCAUCGUCAGGAGAUAAGUCUGAGUCGGAUACGUCUAGCGGACCGACAAGCUGGAUCCUGAACCCGGCCCGAAAAAUAUUUAAACCGAAAUAACUGAGGUAUAUCCAUGGAGCUUCAAUUAAGACAGGAGACGACGACUUGUUGCAUUUUCAUUUGCUUAAAUAAAUUAUUUCGUGUCUAGACUAGGCGAAUCAUUCAACACAUUAGUCCCAGAAGAUAAUAUAACAUUCUAAGCUUAUAUGUGAGUCUAUAAUUAUUAGUCAACGUUUUGGGGUACAUUUAAAAUGAAAUGGAAAAUAAUAUAUUUUUCUACAUGAGUGUUUGUUUGCAGUCACUUUUAUAAGAAAAGUACCUCUUUGUUUUAGGAACUUCUCUGUUACGCCAGGGCCUGAUGUAUCUAGUCCACUAAAAUUUCUAAUCAACAUUUUAUAGCCAACUUAAAUGAAGCUCAUUAUGUCAUUGCCAGUGUGUUCACGGUAGUAAAUAAUAUUCUGAACUUAGUUCGACAAAUUGCAUUUACCUUCUCAUCCAGUGAGAAUAACUGUGUGUUUGUUUAUAAUGUUAUGUAAAUUUGCUCUUGAAGUUUAUAAAUACAAAUUUCGUUCUUCGGCCGAA